GUCCCCCUACUGUGGGGCCCCAGGUAGGGGGCGGCAGUUAGGGCCAUGCCUGUGUUCCUGCAUCCCCUGGAGCCGGCUCCUGAAGAUCGGGUGGGCCCCCCAGAAUGGCGACAGCACACUCGGGAUACAGUGACUGCAGCCCAGCAGCUGACGGAGCGAUGCGGCGCAAACGCGCUGUCCGUGUGGCAACCCCGCGAAAGCAUCUCAGACCCCAACAUUGACCGCAACCGGUGCCGAAAAACGUAUAUGCUACCCUGGCGUUUCCGCGCAGAGAUGCUCAAGGACGGCGGGACAGUGGAGCAGCCUCCCCCAGGGGAUGGGGUCACCCUUUGGAAGGAGAAGCUUAAGCCCCCUGCGUGGCUGGCAACCAUCCCCCUGCCACUGAACAGGGAAGCCCGGGCCAUGCAGAGUAAUGAGUAUAUCCAGAACUAUGGCCGAGGUGUCAGGCUCUUGGCCGCUCGUUUGCGCCAGGCGGAGCAGGAAAUCAAUGAGCAGCUCCGGGCCGUCUUUCGGCAGAGGGAAACCACAGACCGUAGGCUCAGUGAGAUACGAAAGGGUCUGCUCAUCAAUGAGCAGAGCAGGAAAAUCCGGCUCUUCCGGCCUGCCUCAGAGAAGGUCCCAGACAAAGCUGACACUCUGCUCCUGUGGGAGAAAGAGGAGCUUCAGGGCCUGAAAAGGAAACUGGAAAAGGAUAUGGAGGCCUCGGAGAUCUUGCUCAAAGCCCUGUCCAAAUGCCGUGAUGAUCUGACAUUUUGCUGUGAAGAGCGGCUCCAGGUGGUGGAUCUCAUGAACCACUGCUUGGAUGCAGCGCUGGUGGAGGCUGGGCGUCAGUCCUGGAUCAAUAUCAGCCGAGUCCACACUCCCAAGGUGCAGGGUACCGCCAGCCCACCAGUCAACCCUGUGGGGGUCAACCCCCCAGAAUGUAACUUGGCUCUGAAUGAUGCCAAACGACUACUGGUGGAGGGAAAAACAGUAGUGGAGAACAUGAUAAAAAGUGAACGUCACGCCCACACCUGGCAACUGCACGUCAACAAGUCUGUGGAGAAUUCUCUGUCCCGAAAGAUGCAAGAAACCAUGCAACUCGAGGAAAGGCUGAACAUGAUGGCUGGGCUCACGAGAGGGACUAUCCACCGAUGCCAGAAGUUCAAGGAAGAGAUUCUUAUUACAAAGGGACUCAACAAGGGUCCUGUGUGUCAAAAACACCUAGAAACCCGAGAGAAGCUAGAGAGGCCUAUGGUGCGUGUGUUCCAGAGACAUGUUGGCACCCAGCUUCCAGAAGCCAACCACCUUUCUAUGGGCACCGAAAAGCUGACGCGCCACGCCAUCAAGAUGGAUAAGGACCUGGAGAAGCUGAUAGCCACCAGGAAGCACCUGAACACGUGUCUGCGGGACAAGAAGAUCGGUCACCAAGUGGAUUAUGACGUGUUGCGCCUGCGCCUACGCGAGAGCCAUCCGCACAUGAACUACGAGCAAGUCCAGCGCAUGGGCCACUACUGA